AUGGCAGACCAGCUUGAGAAAGGACAGGAAGUUUCGUGGAAGUGGGGACAGGGAACGGCCAGCGGCAAGGUCGCAGAAAUCGUAGAAGAUGGCAAAGCGGAGGUCACCUCGUCCAAGGGCAAUACUGUAACACGAAAUGGUAGAGGUCCUGACGAUCCGGCCGUGAAGAUUACGCGUAAAGGGAACGACGUGGUGAAACUUGCGCACGAGUUGAAAGAGGUGGAUUCCGAAACGUAA